GCAUGCCGGCGGGAGCACGGGCCUCGAGGUAGAACCUUGUCGCUUUUGGCGGGAACUUUACAAUAACUUACGUAUUUUAUCACGACUCCGAACAGCCCUUGCUUAGUCCUUGUUGUUUUUUUGGUAAAUUAUAUUUAAAGUGAAUACAACGCUUUGCUGUAAGAUGUUGCGUUGCUAAAACGAAUGCUUAGUUGUUAAACAAGUUACAGACAUUUUUAUAUAACGCAGUGGAAAAGUUAAGUUGUCUCUACACAUUGAUCUUUUAUUUAUUUGAAUGGUACAAACAGCCAUGCGACGAAACAGAAGACGGUGCGCCCACGCAAGGAGGUGCCGAUAGUUAUAUUUUCAAAUAAGAUGAAAAGUUGCGGUAGUACAAGGAGUAUUUAAUCCACACGCUCGAUGUCGCGGCCUAGACAUAGACAAGACGGCUGAAGUAGACAUGAGCGGUCUCCUAGCAGCGGCCACGGCAACUGUUAUCUUGCAAAUACUCUUUUCCUGUUCCGCCGUGAGCGGCGUCAGCUGGGAGGAAUGGUGGACCUACGACGGCAUCUCAGGUCCGGCGUUCUGGGGUCUGAUCAACCCGGAGUGGUCGCUGUGCAACAAGGGGCGGCGGCAGUCCCCGGUGGACCUCGAGCCCGACAAGUUGCUGUUUGACCCCAACCUGCGCUUCCUGCACAUAGAUAAGCAUCGGAUCAACGGGCUCAUCAGCAACACGGGCCACUCAGUCAUCUUCACGGUAGAGAACGAGACGCGGCACCACAUCAACAUCACGGGCGGGCCGCUCUCCUACAAGUACCAGUUCCACGAGAUCCACAUCCACUACGGCCUGCACGACCAGUUCGGCUCCGAGCACACCGUCAACGGGUACUCGUUCCCGGCUGAGAUCCAGAUAUUCGGUUUCAACUCGCAGUUGUACUCCAAUUUCUCGGAGGCGCUGCACAAAGCCCAGGGCAUCGUGUCUAUAUCGCUCCUGCUACAGCUCGGCGAUCUCUCCAAUCCCGAACUACGCGUGUUGACUGAAGAACUGGAAAAUAUUAAAUACGGUGGUGCCGAGAUGCCAGUAAACAAGCUGUCGGUGCGAGGUUUGCUUCCCGACACGGACUACUACAUGACGUACGACGGGUCAACGACCGCGCCCGCCUGCUUCGAGACAGUCACGUGGGUCAUCGUCAACAAGCCCAUUUACAUCACCAAGCAACAGCUGCACGGGCUCCGGCGCCUGAUGCAGGGCGACGCGAAGCACCCGAAGGCGCCGCUCGGGAACAACUUCCGGCCCCCGCAGCCGCUGCACCACCGCGCCGUCCGGACCAACAUCGACUUCGACCUUAGCAAGUAUCCCGGAAAAACUUGCCCUAGCAUGAACAGAGAUAUGCAUUAUAAAGCCAAAAGCUGGACACAGUAUUGAAGACUCGUCUUUAUCCCACGGGCUCGUAGGCAUUAGGUAUAGCUUUACUAGAACAAAAUAUAUCAUAUUUUAAGUAUUGUAAAUAACAUAGAAUUUUGUAUAUACCUACACGACAUUAUAUAAAUAUUCAUAAAUGUCUUAUGAUAUGAUAGAUACUAUUAUUUAUAUUGUUUAUAUUUUAGCUAAACUUGUACCUUCACAUGUAUUUGUAUUUUGUACCAUACAUAAAUUUUUGUCGAUGAUUUUAAUUACACAUUACAACAUGUGCUAUCGAAUAAGAAGUAAAACAUAUUAUAUCAUAACAUUAUGCAUAUCUCAUAACAAUAUUUUAUAAAGGCCUCAAGUCGUAAUAUUAACGCGUAUUUUCGGAUAGAUUAUUUCAAUUAUUCUAUUUAAAUAUUUAUAGGUAACACAGUAUGUAUUGUAGCAUUAAAAAUAACGGUUUUGUAUCCUGUAGAGCUGUAGAUAUUUAUCAUUAGGGGUGGUACAAAUAUUAUUUUUCAAAAUUUAAAGUUGUUUGGAAUAGCCUCUUCAACAUAAUACAUAUUAUUAUUAUUAUCUUGAAAGUUUAGGAACGAAUUUUCGUAAAUUAUUAAAAUGUAAAUGUGUAAGUUUAUCAAUUAUGAAACGAUGAAUUUAGAAACAUAAUCAGUAGAAUUAUGUAUGUGUUUAUGUUAAGAUCUAGUGAGAAGAAUGCUAAAGUCAGUCAUAGCUUUAAUAAAAUUAUGGAAAUAUCGAAUAUUACAUUGUUUCGGAAAAUUAUUAAUCCAAAGGAGACUAACUAUAUAAGAAGUGUUUAAUAUUGGAAUAACUCCACGGAAGUGGCAACUCCCAUACAAACGCAGUUUAUCAACUUUAAAAAAAUAAAACUAUAACGGUACAGUAAAGUAUAAGCACUAUAUCAUUAGAAACUGCUUAUUAAUAAUGUACCAUUUUUUAUCUCGAAAUCAUUGAGUAUCAUAAAUAAAUUGAACGGGAUAGAAUCGAUCAAAAUUAAAUAAGGCAAAAAUCACGUUUGUUUCUGAGAAAUCGUUAAACAAGUCAUACUGUACCCACAAUAAAUAUAUUAUUAUAAAUUAUGAUAAGCUCAUGGAUUGAAUAAGAUUGUACCUAUAGCUCACAUUAAUAUGUACCUAUAGCAUAGCAUACCGAUAAAAAUAAGCUAACAUAGAAUGUUAACUCUACUGCUUGUUCUAAGAAACCCUGUAACUUGAAGUAACGCUAUUUGAAUAAAAAAUAUGAAUUCUC